CUUCCUUUUUGCUGAUAAGGACAAAUAAUUUGGUCCUUUUUUUAUUGAAGCUUCGUUCCUCCUAUUAAAAUAAAUAAAUAAAUUUCCAUAAAAUCUCAUUUGAUAUAUAAAAUUUGAUAUUUAUAUAUUUGAUCUAUAGAAGAGAGAAAGAGAAAGAAAGUUAGUGUUUAUUUGGUUCAAAUUUUUCUCUGUAAAUCGUAUCAAUGGCGAAUAGGUAUUGGGUGGUUUCUCUUCCUGUUCAGGGAUCUGCUUCUUCUCUAUGGAAUCGUCUCCAAGAACAAAUCUCUAAGCACUCCUUUGAUACUCCACUCUACAGAUUCAAUAUUCCUAGUCUUCGCGUCGGAACGCUGGACUCGCUUCUCUCUCUCAGCGAUGAUCUCGUGAAGUCAAACAACUUCGUUGAAGGAGUGUCUCACAAGAUCAGAAGGCAGAUCGAGGAGCUGGAAAGGGUUUCGGGUGGCGAGAGCAGCUCUCUUACUGUUGAUGGAGUACCUGUUGAUUCGUAUCUCACAAGGUUUGUUUGGGAUGAAGCUAAGUAUCCCACCAUGUCUCCUCUGAGGGAGAUUGUGGAUGGCAUUCACAGUCAAGUGGCUAAGAUUGAGGAUGAUCUUAAAGUGCGUGUGGGUGAGUAUAACAACGUGCGCAGUCAGCUUAAUGCUAUCAAUCGAAAGCAAGCUGGAAGCUUAGCAGUCCGUGAUCUUUCUAAUCUAGUUAAACCAGAGGAUAUCGUUUCUUCAGAACAUCUGGUCACACUGCUUGCAGUUGUUCCCAAGUAUUCACAAAAGGAUUGGCUGGCGAGCUAUGAGACACUGACCAACUAUGUGGUUCCCAGGUCCUCAAAGAACCUGUAUGAAGAUAAUGAAUAUGCUCUUUACACUGUAACACUAUUCAAUCGUGUUGCAGACAAUUUCAAAACAAGUGCACGCGAAAAAGGCUUUCAAAUUCGUGAAUUUGAAUAUAGUCCAGAAGCUCAAGAAGGUCGAAAGCAGGAGCUAGAAAAAUUGGUGCAAGACCAAGAAGGUCUGAGAAGCUCUCUUUUACAGUGGUGCUACACCAGUUAUGGCGAGGUUUUCAGCUCCUGGAUGCACUUCUGUGCUGUACGGAUCUUUUCGGAGAGCAUUCUUAGAUAUGGGCUGCCACCAUCUUUCUUGUCAUUCGUUUUAGCUCCAUCUCUGAAGGGUGAGAAGAAAGUACGUCAUAUCCUUGAAGGGUUGUGCGACAGUACAAACAGCACAUAUUGGAAAGCUGAAGAUGAGGUCGGAGCUAUGGCUGGUUUAGGAGGCGAAGCUGAUACUCAUCCGUACGUCUCCUUUACAAUUAAUCUUAUUUGAUCUGAGAUUGUUUGAGUGAGAUGUGGAGUCAUUCAGUUACAGUAUUACAGUUUCUUGUCCAUUAUUUUGAAGCCUGAACCUGCGGAUUUUUCUCUCCAAUAAAAUAAAUGUGGGUGGGAUAAACAAAACAAAUAUUGUAUAUUAGAGAGGAGGAGGUGCAUUAUUAUUAUUAUUAUAAUUUAUGGCCAUAAUUCUUUGGGUUUGUUUAAUUGGGAUUCGUGAGGGUUUUUCAUUUUUAAUGAGAAGUAUAAAUUGUCUUAGCAUAUAUCUUGAACUCGUUGCUAAGAAGGAACGAACAGAUUCGACUCUCUUUAAAAGGGUUUAAAAAGCAAAAUGUUAUUGCUUUGCUUUACCUUAUUUAUUUGUAAUGUAUUUGUAUUUAUUUUUUGUUAUUUUUUAAGACUUGAGAUUUCGCUA